AUGUUGUCGCUCAUGUUCCCUGGGGCCCCCGCCCCGUGGAACGGCAGCAGUGGGAAGAACCUGCUGCUGUCUGACUUGUUGCAGAAGAUCUCGGUGGAGGAGACGGUGCAGGUGGGUGGAGGGUCCAGCAGGGAGCCCAGGCUGCUGUGGAACCAACAGACCAGCAGCAGGACAACCUUCCAGCGGCUGUGGACAGGCCGAUCCGAGGGGAAGGGGGUCGGAGCAUCCCUCAUCUCCUCUGAGUUCCUGCACUUCUCCUCACAGAGUCCAGAUGAUGAAAGGAAGAAUUUCUCCUUCAUUUCUGUGGGUCCUGCAUGGAUCAUCUCUGCAGACAGCUGGAAACCAGGGAGGCUCUUCCAGCAGCAGCAGCAGCAGCAGCAGCAGCAGCGGACCCCCAUCAGACACACCGACAGCACCGUGGAGGUGAAGAGCAAAUUCGAGGCGGAGUAUCGCCGUUUUGGUCUGAAGAGGAACAGCUUCGGUGGCUUCAAGGAGUUCUACCAGAUCCUCCAAACCAUCCAUCAUAUCCAUGGCGACGACGUGCUGCUGGAAUAUGCUGACGUCCACGGAGAUCUCCUUCCAAUCAACAAUGACGAAAACUUCCACAAAGCCGUCUCUCUGGCCAAUCCCGUCCUCCGGAUUAUCAUAACCAAAAAAGGGGGCGAGUCCACUGCUUACUGCACCAACUCCCUCCAGAGGCGCAGGAAAGGACUGGGCUUACCAGGGCUGCGCCCAGCGGGUUCUAGCACCACCCUCUCCAAGAACAAGUCGGGCAUCAUGAUCGGCCCCCCGCAGGACUUCAGACAGAUCUCCUCCAUUAUCGAUGUGGAUAUUUUACCUGAGACCCACCGGCGGGUUCGGCUCCACAAGAACGGUUCUAAUAAACCCCUGGGCUUCUACAUCCGGGACGGGGUGAGCGUGCGGGUGACGCCUCAGGGCGUGGAGAAGGUUCCAGGAGUCUUCAUUUCUCGCUUAGUUCGGUCCGGGAUAGCAGAGAGCACCGGAUUACUGGCUGUUAAUGACGAAAUCCUGGAAGUCAACGGCAUCGACGUCGCUGGAAAAUCUUUAGAUCAGGUGACGGCCAUGAUGGUGGCCAACAGCCACAACCUGAUAGUGACGGUGAAACCAGUCAACCAGAGGAACAACAUUGCUCCUCGAGGGAGUAAAAACUCCAUGGGUCACUCUGGUUCUGUGGGCUCCGGCGGCUCCAUUGGCUCUGCUCUGUCACAUGACUCCCCAAGCCCCGCCUCUCAGAGCAACCCCAUCACUGCAAGGUAG